GAUCGGACCGGCCCUCAGCAGUGCCUCUAUAAUCAGACGGGGAUUCUGGCCGUGGAACGCGCUGGUGGCGGUUGUGAGGUGUAAGAUGGCAACGCAGAUCUUGAAGGGGGAUCUAUCUUAUCCGCCUCCACCCCUCAUGUUCCAAGAUCAAGUGCUCUCCCCCCAUCGGAGUAUCCAAACCCUUCAAACAUCCACCUUGCCUUUACCGGUGAAUAAUCAUGUCCACGUUCACAAACACGGCCAGAACAAUGUUCUGAGCCGUGGUCAGAUGCCACACCACAUCCCGUGUGCGUCGCUAAAAAGCGGAAGCAAGCAUCGGACAGCGAAACUGACCAACGGAACCAACACAAUCAGUUGCGUGUACAUCGACAAAAACGGAGUCACGACCGCAACGUGGAGCAAAGACGGCGAAAGACGCACAGCCGCGGAGCGUUUGGAGGAAAGCAAGGCGAAUUACGUGAAGACAGACAGAGUUCUUGACACCCGGCAGGCGCUCAAACACAGUCAUGGACCUCAUGUGGUGACCUGUCAGCACCCCCCGGUUUACACGAAGGGUCCUCUGAAACAAAUGCACAGCGCGCCAAACGACACGCUCUCGAGAGAUCCGCAUGGAUCGUCGCCGGACCUGCACUUGGCUCAGCGAACUCUGCAAGACCUCCAAAGAUUUCGAGUUUUGCAGCAGAUGGUUGAAGCCCAGGCGCAUCUGCAGGCCCAGCACGGAGCCGCAGUCUACCAAAACAGUCAGAGGGUGCCGCUCCAGAGCAGUGCUCCGCACCAAAGCCUUCGUCAUUCCCCGCCAAUUAUUCCUGUCUCGCGAAGAUACGCGUCCAGUAGUCAGCCCCCCCUAAAUAGGCAUCCUGUUGUUGGGGUUUUGCCUGCUUCCACGAACCAACGUCGAUCUCCCCCCGUGCUCCAGAGAGGGUCUCCUCCCCAUCCUCAACAAAUACCUCAUCAACAACAGCAGCAGCAGCAACAACAGCAACAAGCAACGAAUCAUUGCCUUUACCACAACUCAUCCUCACCUGACUGUCUCGCCUUGCUUUUCGGUCAUAGUGCUGCGGUCAAUGCCCAGCCACCAAUCGCUCCUCAGAGUUUGGAUGCUCAGUUUCCGAGGACUUCGACACCUCACAUGAUGUUCUCAGCGGAUAGCUUCGCCGCGAAUUUGAGUUCAACUCCGAUUCACAGUCAGACAUCGUACUCUGCAAUGACGCCGAACUCGUCGGCACAUCGUCCUCAGAUUCCUCUGCAGAGGGUCCCCUCAGCUCGGGUGAGUUUGAACCGGCCGAAGAGUCCGAGUCCGGGUCUGAGGACGCAAACCGAAGUUGGCACCACCGAGCACCCCAUCCGGAGGUCGGCAUCGUACACCGAACGCCAGUUGAGGAAGUGCAUCGGGAGAACCGCCGAAGAAAUACGAGAUUUAGAGCAGCAGCUUCGCGAACUAAUAAUCUCUUCGGCUUCAAUCACGGAUCAACCCACUUCAGUAGAGGAGGGUCUUGCCGAAAUUCUAGGAGACCGCAUAGACGUUGUAGAGCUUAAAGGAGCGGAGCAAGUGAACGACGCGAAGGACAAGGCCAGAAAUUCCCCGCCCUCCGUUAGUCGAUCAACGAAUACUCCUCCUAGCAGACAUUCGAGCGAUCCAGAGAAGCAUUUGAGAUCCGCUCCAAUGAAUGGAGCUCCGCGACCUGUCACCACGGAAGCAUCGGAUCGUGACAAAGCCACGCGUCGUACACGCAGCCAAAGUAAUGCACCCUCGGCCUCGAGCUCUAGCGACUCGGGCCAUGCUUCCCAUGAGCGACAAACUCAACAGAAAAGAGCAACUCUACCCAGAGCUCGUUCGGCGAGUCGGCUUCGUCCCGCCUCCCCAUCAUCGGAGUCCUCAACUGAUGGCAGCGAAUACUUCAAACCUCGUUCACGGACGACUUCGGAUUAUAUUUCGAGGAGUUCGUCAUUCAGGUCACCGGGCCGAACCCAGGAUAAUAUCAACACCCGUUCUCUGGGCCGGAGCAAAUCCGACGCGGCGACUUUCGCGGCAAUACCCCUCACUCGAGGUUUCAAAAGCCAACCCAAUCUGGCAGCUGUACAGCCCCUCUACACGCUGGAAGACACGGCCAUGUUUUUUGAUACGAUGGGCUUCCUCGACACAGGGAUGUACGACGCCCACGUAGGACCUUCACCAGUCACGACUCCUCCGAAGUAUUUCGAAUCUCAGUCCUCGCAGGAUUCGAACAACAAUUCGAACGAAAAUCCGAGCGAAUGCGAAUCAGAAGAAGAACUCAACAUGAUGGCUCCGCCGCUGAUGGGGCCAUCGCCUGGAGCAGGACGAAUCGGUCUCUCGAGCCAUGACCUCAUCGAACACGCCGGUGGAGUUAUCCACGAGACAUCAAUCGUCGAGAAGAACGCGCGCGUCAUCAAAUGGUUAUACAAUUGUCGCAAAUCAAUGCAACAGAGCGUCGUUCUCUGA